CAGGUGGGGAAAAAAUGAGCCAAGGAGAAAAGUUAUGGCGGAAAACUUGGUUUUGAUUGAAUAGUGUUAAGUAAUUUGUAUUUAAGGUAUCGAAUUAAAUACCAUAAACUCUUAUUUUCAUUCUUGUGGUAAGAUAAAACUUAGAAACUAUGGCGUCCACCGCGGCAGGGAAGCAGAGAAUACCGAAAGUGGCAAAGGUGAAGAAUAAAGCUCCAGCUGAGGUGCAGAUCACAGCCGAGCAGCUGCUUCGAGAAGCCAAAGAACGAGAACUCGAGCUACUCCCACCUCCACCCAAACAGAAGAUCACUGAUGAAGAGGAGUUAAAUGAUUACAAAUUACGAAAACGCAAGGGAUUUGAAGAUAAUAUCAGAAAGAACAGGACCGUCAUAAGCAACUGGAUCAAGUACGCACAAUGGGAGGAAAGUCUGAAAGAAAUACAGAGAGCUCGGUCUAUCUACGAGCGCGCGCUGGACGUGGAUCACCGGAAUGUCACACUGUGGCUGAAAUACGCCGAGAUGGAGAUGAAGAACCGGCAGGUCAAUCACGCUCGCAACAUCUGGGACCGAGCCAUAACCAUCCUGCCCCGAGUCAACCAGUUCUGGUACAAAUACAGCUACAUGGAGGAGAUGCUGGGGAACAUAGCAGGCUGCAGGCAAGUGUUUGAGCGCUGGAUGGAGUGGGAGCCGGAGGAGCAGGCCUGGCACUCUUACAUCAACUUUGAGCUGCGCUAUAAGGAGGUGGAGAAAGCCCGCUGCAUUUAUGAGAGAUUUGUGAUAGUCCAUCCCCAAGUGAAGAACUGGAUCAAAUACGCCCGCUUUGAAGAUAAGCACGGUUACAUUGCUCAUGCGAGAAAAGUGUACGAGAGGGCCGUGGAGUUCUUCGGCGAGGAACAUAUAGAUGAAAACCUCUUUGUGGCUUUUGCCAGAUUUGAGGAGAAACAGAAAGAGUUUGAGCGUGUUCGGGUGAUCUAUAAGUACGCCCUGGACAAAAUCCCCAAACAGAAGGCCCAGGAGCUUUUCAAGAACUACACAGUGUUUGAGAAGAGGUUUGGAGACAGGAGAGGAAUCGAGGACGUCAUCGUCAGCAAGAGGAGAUUCCAGUAUGAGGAGGAGGUUAAGGCAAGCCCACACAACUAUGAUGCCUGGUUCGAUUACCUGCGGCUGGUGGAGAGUGACGCGGACCCCGACACGGUCCGAGAGGUAUACGAACGAGCCAUCUCCAACGUCCCCCCCAUCACAGAGAAGAGACACUGGAGACGUUACAUUUACUUGUGGAUCAACUAUGCACUCUAUGAGGAGCUGGAGGUCAAGGACCCCGAGAGAACAAGACAGGUGUAUCAGGCAUGUCUGGAGCUUAUCCCUCACAAAAAGUUUACCUUCGCUAAAAUCUGGCUGCUCUAUGGCCAGUUUGAAGUUCGCCAGAAGAACCUGCAGAAAGCCAGACAAUGCCUGGGCACAGGCAUCGGGAAAUGCCCAAAGAAUAAGCUGUUUAAGGGCUACAUCGAGCUGGAGUUGCAGCUGAGAGAGUUUGACCGCUGCAGGAAGCUCUACGAGAAGUACCUGGAGUACAGCCCAGAGAACUGUACUACCUGGAUCAAGUUUGCCGAGCUGGAGACGAUCCUGGGAGACGUAGAAAGAGCACGGGCCAUAUUCGAGCUGGCUAUCGGUCAGCCUCGUCUCGACAUGCCAGAGGUGCUAUGGAAGUCCUAUAUUGACUUUGAAAUCGAACAGGAGGAAUAUGAGAACACACGAGGACUUUAUAAGAGGCUCUUGCAGCGCACACAACACGUCAAGGUAUGGAUCAGUUACGCACAGUUCGAGCUGUCGAUCGAGGGUGACGAGCGACUGCAGAGGUGCAGGCAGGUCUACGAGGAAGCUAACCGUAGCCUACGCACAUGUGAGGAGAAGGAGGAGAGGCUCAUGCUGCUCGAGGCCUGGAAGGACUUCGAGCACGAGUUCGGCACCUCGGCCAACAUAGACAGAGUGAGGAAGCUGAUGCCCGAGAAGGUGAAGAAGAGGAGAAAGCUUACUGCAGAGGAUGGGUCGGAUGCAGGGUGGGAAGAAUAUUACGACUACAUCUUCCCAGAGGAUGCUGCCAAUCAGCCCAAUCUCAAACUGCUGGCCAUGGCCAAGAUGUGGAAGAAGCAACAACAGCAAGACGAGCAUCCGGAGGAAGCAGAGACGGAAACGGACGAGAAUGUCGAACCCACACAGCCAGGAGACGAGCAGGAGGAAAGCGGAGAAACACAGGAGAAUAAAGAGGGUGUGUUUGACGAUCAUGAUGACAGCGACAGCAGCAGCAGCAGCAGCAGCAGCAGUAGUAGUAGCAGUGAAAGUGAUGAGGAGAACACUGAAGACAAAAGUGAGGAGAAGACAAAUCCUACAGAGGAGGAAUAAACUUGAGUUUUUUUCUUUUAUUCAAUAUCAGGAUAAACUGGACUGAUGGAGCAUUCAUCUGCUCACAGACUGUUCUCACUGUUCUUUUAUAACAAAAUAAAAAAGAGAAGCAAGUA